AUGACGGACUGCGCCAUUCCUUACCAGAAUGCCGUCGCCGCUACCUACGCGGGUUCACGCAAACUGCCUAAGCACUAUUGGUGCACCUACCCCAUUUCUUGUGCCAUCCAAGCCCAAGCACGCCUAAGCGCCCCGGAGGUGCCUGCUAUGCAGCUCUAUCAGGAAGCGAUGUCCGUGAUUUACGCCAAACACUGGAAGGAUGCCUGGCAAGACUUCAAGCGACGCAACAGUCAUAUGUACCCCGCCUUCGUCCAGUACUUCGAGAAACAAUGGGUUUGGAACGCACCUUACGGCAUGCUAUCUGAAUGUGACGUACCUACUCAAGGAAUUCACACCAAUAAUUAUAAUGAAUUGUACCACCACGUUCUCAAACACAAUUUUCUAGAUCGCCUUAAACUUUGCCAACCCAACGAGCUGAUUCACAUCUUAACUGAAGACGUAGAACCUGACUAUCGUCAAAUCCUACUCACUACAACACUAGGGUUCCGCGCACACCGCUGCAAUAAAUUCCAGAACAUCGCGAAAGGCCUUGCCAAUUUGUAUACCGACGAAGACCUCGACAAUAUUCUCUGUAUGAUGUCGCUGGUGGGCAAUAACCAAUAUACUAUAGGGUCCUUCACUCGCCCCCGCAUCCGUUACAAGUUGAACACUACACCCUGUGCUGACGGCAGAGUUGGGUCCGUGAACAAUUGUACUUACCCCCAUUUCGCCGGGACCAACUCCGCAUGCAAACAUAUGUAUGUUUCAGCACGUCAGGAAGGUCUCAGCAUCCGCGAGGAAGCUCUGGCUUCAAUUGACGACGGCACAUCUCCCAUGUACCCGAAACAAGCUAUUGAGCCAGCCGACGAGGAACUCGGAUCAGCUGUCUCUCCUCAUCUGGAAGUGUCGACAUUGUCACACUCUGUCCAUUCCGCAUCUUCAACCUCCGUUUACGAAACUCAAAGCUCCCCCAGCCAAAUGUUGCGAGCCCCUUCCGCCAACACCUCCCAACACAACGUACAGGUUCCUAUGCACGGCAUCCAAACUCCGCACCCAACACCUGGUCCCUCCCAUUUUCCAACUCCUCCCCGAAUUCGACUAGCGCUACCCAAUUUCCGUGAUCCUCGCCAACUUACUCACAACCCAUACUAUGUACACUCUACACCUCCCAAUCCUUUCGUUAUGACCAACCCUGCCGCACCGUUCCCAACUUUAUCAAGAGGACCCCACUCUGGUCCUCAACAGCAAUCCACCCCAUAUUACAAAUUCUAUUCAUCUCCCCCAUCGUUACCCCAACACUCACAAGUUCCCCCGGCCAACUUUUCGUCGCUCGCAAGUACUUUACCCCCUGAAUUGCCCCGUAAUCCGCCUCCUCAAUCACCAUCUUACAGCUACACCUACUACUUAUGUAAGGAGCCCCCAAUUAACGUAGCUUUACCAACAAAUGCCGCUCCUUUGCCCGGUGUAUCAGGGCCACCCACACAUUUCCCGCCAGCCCCACCCCCUUUACCCAACUUCCCAUUUUUAGGCGAACCUUUCAACACUGUCAAUCCGCAUGCUACAGUCCAUCACAAUUCCAACCAAAUGCAACCCACACUCUACACCAACAAUUCCGAACACGGAGAUGUGAUCAUGAGGUCACCACAUCGCACCGCUUUGCAGCAAUCGGCACAGUCUAAAGGCCUACACUUCGCUGCAUCGCCUGACUUCUGCACGCUUUCCCAACUUUCCAAUCUCAUGCGCGAUCACGAGCGACCUCACCCUCCAGCCGGCCAACCAAUUAUGACUUCGUACAACCCAUCAAUCAUACCCCCGACACCAAACCACACCUCAAUUGGCGUACAACUCGGAUACGGCGGUUUCCAACCCCCCUUGGAGAACGGUGGCAAUUUACCAAAUCACAUGACUCCCUCGGCAUCCGACGCAACGCGACUCAACGUACCGUUGCCAUUCAGGAUGAGCAACAAUCUACCCAACGGUGCCAAUCGCAAAGAUCCCUAUCCUUAUGUAACCGACGAAGCGUCUCAUUCUUCUUACCCUUCAUGGCAUGGAAUACACAGUUCUCCGGCCCCCGGUGAGGCAACAUACUCCGCCGUCGAGCCGGCUCAACCUGGCCCCUCAUCCGGUCACCUCACUCAGACGCCAGCUCCUCUGGCGCAAAGUCAUACUGAGUUAGAAGCCUUCAAAAAAGACCUGUCUAUCAAGAACUUGUUCCAAUCCGCACACGGUAUUCUCGCUUUUGACACGGCUGACAAGAAGGCUAGGCUGCGCGGUUUACACACUGCCACCGAGCUCCAUGCGGUUGAACAGAGCAUAACGGCGUCUUAUCGCAUGCUCCGCGACUUGUAUAACAAGGGUAAGCAGAAGAAACAAAACUGUUGGUGA